CUAGUUUGUGGCGCAUGCGCAGUUCAUGACUCGGUCUAACGCGGACUUUAAACUUGUUGCAAAGAUCGUCGAUGAAGAGAUUCCUGCUCAGGAGGAAGAAGACGUUGAGGAUCAGCUGUGAUCGUUUGUGGACAUCGAGACAAGAUCAUGAGCUCUCCAGAGAUCGCCUCGCUCUCCUGGGGCCACAUGAAGGUGAAGGGAUGCUCCUCCAGCUACAAAGACUGUAAGGUCUGGCCCGGAGGCAGCCGGGCCUGGGACUGGAGAGAGACCGGCACCGAUCAUCGUCCAGGAGUUCAACCUGCUGACCUGGAGGAGGUGCUGAGGAAAGGAAUCGACCUGCUGGUCAUCGGCAGAGGCAUGAGCGAGGCUCUGCAGGUUCCCGCCUCCACUCUGGACUUUGUGAAGCAGAAAGGUGUGGACGUCAGAGUCCUGCAGACAGAGAAGGCCGUGGCGGAGUACAACAAGCUGGCUGGUCAGGGCGCCAAGGUGGGCGGUGUCUUCCACUCCACCUGUUGAUCAUCUCACCAUUGCCUCUCUGAGAUGAUGCACAGAACACGAGGCGCAGCCUGUAGUGCAUCGCUGCCUCUGUUUGCCAAAUGUAGAGCCGGCUCCUCGAGCUCUCAGCAUGAGCACAGACGCCUUAAUGCUUCAGAUAAAGACCAGAGUUCGUUUACUGACGAGCUCAGAGAUCAUUUAAAUCUAUAAAUGAGGCCUGAGUGUGACUCAGCUGUUUUUAGGAUGAAGAUCUGCUUGUAACUGAUCAAACUGAAGACACAGUUUUCUUAUGAUCAUGUGUUGGUAAUGAAUGUACGGAUGUUUUUCAGGAGUUUGCUUGUUUGCUACAAAAUAAAACUAGAACAUGAAUCAUCAA